AUGUCCGUCUCUUCGCAACCUAACACAGACGGUGCGCAUCGGUACGCUCGUGCCAACGUUGAAAAACCCCGUGAGUAUUGGGACUAUGAGUCAGCCCGCAUACAGUGGAGCUCACCUGAGCGCUACGAGAUCAUCGAGAAAAUUGGACGGGGGAAGUACAGUGACGUGUUCCUAGGUUGGGAUACGAAGGUUCGACGUCAGGUGGUGAUUAAGGUGCUUAAACCCGUGAAGAAGAAGAAAAUACUCCGAGAGCUGAAGGUGCUUCAAAACUUGCAAGGGGGCCCCAACAUUGUUGAGCUCUACGAUGUAGUGAGAGAUCCCUGCAGCAAAACACCUUCAUUUAUAUUUGAGUACGUUGAGGCCUCUGACUUUCGAACGGUAUUCCCCACAUUUUCUGAUUAUGACGUGCGCUACUACAUAUUUGGUGUUCUUCAAGCGCUAGAGUAUGCCCACUCAAUGGGAAUAAUGCAUCGUGAUGUGAAACCUAACAACAUUGCAAUCGAUCAUAAAAAGCGGGACCUGAUUCUCAUUGACUGGGGUUUGGCUGAGUUCUUCCAUCCUCUCACGCCGUACAAUGCCAGAGUGGCGUCUCGUUACUUCAAAGGCCCCGAGCUCUUAGUGGAGCUGCCAAUGUACGACUACCGGCUUGAUAUGUGGUCUCUUGGCUGCAUGCUUGCUGGCAUGAUAUUCAUGAGGGAGCCUUUCUUUCAUGGAAAGGACAACAAUGAUCAACUGGUCCGUAUCGCCAAAGUGUUAGGAACCGAUGAGCUGUUUGAGUACCUCCACAAGUACAACCUAACACUUCCCCAGCACCUGGAAACUGCGGUUGGGCGACAUGGUAAGAAGCCUUGGACGAUGUUCGUUACGCAAGAGAAUCAACAUCUGUGUCCGAAAGAAGCGUUGGAUUUCCUCGAUCAACUGCUUCAGUACGAUCAUGUCAAGCGCGUCCAGGCGUUAGAGGCAAUGGACCAUCCGUACUUUGAUCCUGUGAGGGCUGAGUGCACGGCUAGAAUCAGGGAGAAGAAAAGAGGGAAUGUUGUCACGGAGUAG